UGUGUAGAGUUCAACAUACUUGACGCCGCUGCCAGAAUUUACUGUCGUUUCACGUUAACAUUUGAAUCCUUAAAAAGGAUCUAAGUAAGAGCACAUGGUGUGCCGAAAGUUACGUAUAAGCCGAGCAUUGAGCGCAAUAUAUGUAUACGCUUACCUCACAACAAACUUGGGACAGUCUUCAGUAAACUGAAAAUGGCAGCAAAGUAUGAACGACUGAAAAUCAUUGGGAGAGGCACCUUUGGUUUGGCUUGGCUGGCGAGAUCUAGGACCAGUCAAAGGCCGUACGUUGUCAAGGAAAUACACCUCGCUGGAAUGACUGAGAAGGACAGGAACCAGGCGGUAAACGAAGUCGCCAUCUUAGCCGGUUUGAAGCACGCUAACGUGGUACGGUAUCGGGAAGCCUUUGUAGAAGAGGCGACACUGCACAUUGCUAUGGAGUAUGCUGAUAAAGGUGACUUGAAUGAAAUGAUCCAAGCCAACCGGCAGGCCGGACAGAAUUUUACAGAGGAUAGUAUCAUGGAUUGGUUUGUUCAGAUCUGUUUCGCCCUGUGCUACAUACACAAAAAGAAGAUCCUACAUCGGGAUCUGAAACCACAGAACAUCUUCAUGACAAAUCAAGGCGUCAUCAAGGUCGGUGAUUUCGGCAUAGCUCGAAUGCUUCGAGACACCAGGGACCACGCUCGUACUGCUAUAGGAACACCGUACUACAUGUCGCCAGAAAUAUGCAAGCGAAAACCAUAUAAUCAGAAGAGCGACAUGUGGGCGGCUGGAUGCGUCCUUUAUGAGAUGACAGCUUUGGCUCAUCCCUUUGAGGCCUCCGACUUCUCCUCACUGGUUUUAAAUAUCAUGAGAGGGCGCUACAAGGCAAUACCGAGGCACUAUGGACCACUGCUGGAGGAUAUGAUCUCCGUGUUGCUACGAGGCGAGCCUGAGCGCCGACCGUCUGCUGAUCAAGUCUUGUCUACUCCUGGCAUCAGGGGUUACGUGCUAGCGUACACUAACCGGUGCAGGAAGCAGUGUUCCUCACCUCGGACAAUCAGCGAUGAGAAAGGGAGUCAUAGCUUAAAGUACAGGGAAGAAAAUGUCAGAGUUGCGCGUGGAUCGGUUCCAAGGAGCGCAAGGGCGAUUCAACAGGAUGUACUGCAGACAGCUAGAAGACACUCCGUCGCGUCGGUUAUGGGCAAACGAAUCUGUGGCGUCUCGACGUGUUUCCAACCGACCAGCAAACGGCGGCAUCUCUCGGUCAGAGAUCACUUGAAUGAUGGCGAACUCACUCCAGGUGAAAUUGUUCCGAGGGUUCGAAAAGAAACAACUUGUAACGUUAGUGAAGGUGGAAACUGUAAACCACAUGCACCAAACACCGAAGGACGUUGUCGAGAUUCCAGCACUGGUAGGACGUCCAACAAGGUGAACCCCUCCAAUGUAAAUCCAGACCAUUAUAGGCCUAGUCAGGAUUCAACUGAUUUUACGCUUUGGAAACAAAGAAGCAUGUCAUCAAAUGCCGCAGAUAAGAUAGAUGCCCAGAAAUCAGAUCGAGAAACACCUUAUACGAAGAGAAAAAGCUCUGUACACGCAAAAACGGCAAAAUGCGAAGUAGUAAUAAGUAAGGGAAUCCCAGAUGGUCUCGAAGGGAAAGCUCCGAUUGUGAACCUCUUUGGUGUGAACUAUAAUGGAGAAAACGCCGUGACGAAAAGAUCGCUAAUGAAGUCGACAUAUGUCUUGGAAAGCCCGUCCUUGACCGGCGUCAUUUGUCAAAACCCUCCUAGUGUCAUUCCCGUCGAUGUUCCUGAAGUCUCUGAGAGGUGUGACGAAAGCACACAAAAUUCUUCAGAUUCUGGAAGCCGUCCCAGUUCUGAUAAUCUUUGUGACAAUCCGAGUCAUUGGGUGGAUUCCGGGCUUUGUUGCACAGUGCGAGAGAGAAAAACUGCCAGACGCGAGUCGCGUAACGGCGAAGCCAUCCGUCUGCAUGAGAGCAGAAACGAUGGACUUCUUCCAUGCGGAGUCAACAGUCACGAGCAGGAUGGAGACAUGUUGGCGGACGUAAACGAAUGCCUCGUCCGCUGUAGAGUGUUUGUUGGGGAUUCAGCGCGAGAGGUUCGCGGGAAAGUGGAAACGCUUCGCAUCUACCUUGAGGAGAAAAUCGGGGUUCAGUUGUCUGCGGCGUGCCUGGACUUUAUUAGAUCCGUGUCAGGUGGAAAACUUAACCACAUCGUACCGGAUGAGAUCAUACUGAAGAAUAUGGAGAGAGUGCUUGGCAAGGACAAGAUGCUCUUCCUACCCGCUAUGCUACAGUUGCAUAAUUUGGAGCAAAGCUGUGACAAGGACAGCUCACCGAGAGAUAAUUUUUGGUGACACCGCUGAAAUUACAAACGCUGAUUGGUUGCUUGAAAUAUGCCAACUCCCAUGAAAGCCUCUUUGAUCUUCCUGUCAUAUGGGCAUAUUACAAUAUGACACACUGACGCACAAUACCAAUCAAAAAUGGUGGCUGGGGAUUUUCAGUUGAAAUCUUUCAAUUUUUUUUAUCAAACCCUUAACAGCAUUGGUUUCCUUCUAGCUGUACUCGAGCAUUCAGAGUUUGUAUCGUAACCAGUUUGAAUUACUUGUUUCUGUCGUGCAUGUAUGAGGUUAUAUAAAAAUUACAAUUGCCCAUACGCUUGAAUCAUACAGUUGUAACAAAGCUUAUAAAAAUUGAUAUGCAUUUCUUUAUGUCAUCCAAACGCCUGUUCUUCAGAUCUCGUGAAGUAUUUUACUGUAUUUAUGAUUAGGUGCAAUAAAAAGACGUUCUAAAGAUCUGAAAUGUAUUUGUCUUUUGCAAAAUAAUUAUUUACCUUUGUCAGAGUUUUAUGCUCUGUGCUAGAAAAUUUUUAAAUUUAAAAUUUCAAAAAUUAUUUUUAGUUUGUGGUGUGAAUUAAAUUAUUUAAAGAAUGAAGAUCUUCCCAUUCUUCUUUGUCAUUUGUGUCUCGUGUAGUGUCCGGUUGGAGUUCGUCGUUUAUGGCAUAUUUAGAUUUCAUCAUGCCAAGAAUGUCUCGGGGGAAAUCGAGGGACCACGCGGGCAUUUUGUUAAGGCUUCCACAUCGAAUGCCAGUGGCCAACUAGUGUUGAGUCUGAGACAGAACAUUCUAAAAGCUUGGCGGAAUUUAUUUCCAAACACGGUUAACCAUUCUGGUAAAUUUCUCCCUUGUUCUGAUAGAUGGACUUUUUAUCAUCUUAGGGAAUAAAGGGGGAGAGUCGCAACUCUAAACGGCUAUUUACUUUGCUCUUGAAACACAAUGACAACCACAUAUACCAAGGAAAUUCACAUGUAAAUUGCUCGUGUACCUCUGUAGUAUAUUAAAGAUCUGGAAAAUAUACAGUACAUGUAUAUUUGAAGAAUCAUCCAUUACAUUACGUUCUUUGUUGCAUAUUCACGACCAAAGGAGAACGUCGCCAAAUAGAGUUUUUGUACCCAACAAAUAUAUACACAAAUGGGCACUAUUCCACAUGAUUUGUUUGUAUUUCUGACGUGUUAUUCACGUCUUUAAUAAAGAAAUGUCACUGGAUACGCAUUCCAAUAACAUUUUACUUUUGAGAAAUUACACUUUUUCUAAAUAUACACAAAGUAUUCGAACUGUUCCAAAGGCCAUAGCUCUUCUGAAUAAAGCAGAAACAUAUUUACAAAAAAAUACUUUUGUUAGGUGUAAAUAUGAAUAUCAAAAAGUACAUAGCAAAAUAUUACAAUUUUCUAAAAACAAAUGCAGGUUGAAUUUCAGAGAACAAAAAUGCAAGCAGAUAGGUUCAUUUGUGAUAGCCUGGAAAUAACCAAUUCAAAGAAAGUUGAAGAACCCCUUGUUUCAGAACUGACAGACACUGAUUUACUAAACUUCGACUUAAAAGAAAAUGUCUUCCUAAACGGGAAGCGUAUUUUUCAGACUGUACUGACAGCAGCACUUGAAACCCACGGCACAUGAUCAGCUCGGAGUCAUGUUUCUUCUCAAUAAAACGGAUGAUUAGAAAAGCAGACAAAAAGUUUCCAAUUAACUGAAUCGUGGCAUUAAACCAGUAAAAAAACGUUACUGAGCAAACCGAGUACCUGAGCCGUUUGAACUUAUAUUUCAUUUCACCUGAGUCAUUGUUUCGGUUGCAUAUUUCCAAGGUAACAAGGCAAUGGAUAAGAGAUUUGUUGAUCCGAUGAAGUAGCAUUUAACCCAUGAAUGCGGAAGUAAUUCACGACACAACGUAAGGCUUGAAACAGCUUUAUAAUUGUACACAGAAAGUUAUUGGAAGUAGUAAGGCAAGAGAUGGUCAAAAGAAUGAAAUCAACUAUUUGUACAUUUACAGAGUAACAUUAAAUAAACAGCCCUUCGAUUCUAUACAUAUAGUUUGUAGUGCAACAUAAAGAAAUCUGGAUUUUGGAAAACAUGAUUAUUGUUUCAGGAAA